AUGGAUGGAACGUUAUCAUGGAAGGGAAAUGACGAAGGGGUGGGAACAUUAACCAACACUGGAGGAGUGGAACUGAGUGAUUUCUUUUCUCAUGGAAUGGCAAAUGGGGAUUCUUGCGUGGUUAACCACUACGAUUCUGAAAAUACGCCCUUGUGGACAGUAGGAAGAGCUGUAUCAUUUCUUAACCAAAAUUACACCUCAAUCUUUUUGAAUAACAAUGGAAUGUUUUCAUUUGGAAGUGGAACCAGUAAUCCUAGUACUAGUGCUACAUGCGGAACAUGGACUAUACCUCUCAUCUCAAUCUACAGUGCACACAACCACCAUGGUAUGGAACCUGGAAGUGGGUUAGCCGGCGAUGUAUGUUUCAGACGGACACAAGACCCACAACUACUACUUAAAGCGCAAAGCGAAAUUCGCAAAGGUUUCUCAGACUUUGGACAAGCUUUGACACAUCUAGUUAUCGCGACAUGGCUUCGUGUCCCUCCGUAUAGGAGGUGUAAUACAAUGCUCAAUACAUUUCAACUAGUACUUGCCAUUGGAGCAGGUGGUGAGACGUAUGCGAUCAUGUACUAUGAACGGCUGGAAUACCACUUAUGGCAAACUUGCUCUAAUACAGAUCCCGGUUUGUACUGUUUUGCGGGAAUAAGUGGAGGGUCGGGUGGGCUGUUUUACCCUUUGCCAACUUCGUGUUCCAUCAACUCUACAAGUUUAGUUGCGAGGUCUAAUAUAAAUGAAGCAGGAAAAUUUGUAUUUCGCGUGAACCGUGAAAUUGAACAUCCAACAUUUACUCCGACGACGACGACAAGACCAACUACAACUACCUCCACGACUACAAGACCAACUACAACUACCUCCACGACUACAAGACCAACUACAACUACCUCCACGACUACAAGACCAACUACAACUACCUCCACGACUACAACACCCACAACAACUACCCCCACAACCACAACACCCACCACAACCACCCUCACAACAACUAAUCCGACCACAACCACGCCGACAACUACCACUGUACCAUCUUCGGACUUUGUUUGCACAGCAGAAGGAACAUUUCGAGAUCCCUGUAUGUGCAACAUGUUCCACAGUUGUGUUUUCCUUGGUGUCGGUUAUCAGCAUAAUGUAUUCGUCUGUCCGUCCAAUCUCGUAUUUUGCGAAAAUUUGGGAUACUGUGACCAUGAACCCGUCUGCCCUUGCCCAGUUCCUGCUUGCCCGUGA